UGAUUGUUAUCGUUAUCGUUAUCGUUAACCUCACGAAACGUGCGGUUUGUAUUAAUCAUUCCAAAGAUAAAUAAUAACACGCAGACCGGCAUGAAAUUUGCGAUCGAAAGUAUCAGCAAGAAUUCCGGUCGACUUGGUCAAUUACGAAUCAAGGAUGGAGGACCCGAGUUCAGGACUCCGCUUCUUUUGCAAACGACAAAAGGAGGUAGCAUUCCUUGGCUGAGUGCUGAUGCUUUCGAGAGCCAUGUCAGCCGUAAGCCACAGGUGCUUCAGUUCACAUUAUCCACCAUGGACCAAAUGGCCGAGGCCCUGAUGCACUGGAAUAGAGGAGGAGAUCGCGGGCUGACGGACUUCGUGGGAUUACCAGGACACUUAAAUAUUCUUAUGUUGCGAGAUCCCUGCGAAAUAACACCUUCGGGUGGCAAUGAUAGGGAAAUACAGCCACUAUUCACGAGAAGGGGAAAGGAAUCGCUUACUCCUGAGCGUUACAUGGAAAUGGUAGCUAGUUUCAAACCAGACAUUUAUCAGGGACUUUCCGAUGCGGACACAAAUCUGGAGAGUGCGAAGAAGAGGGUUCAGAAAUCGGUAGAUAGGACGGAAAAGUUUAUGCACUACAUCUAUGAAAACAGAGGCAAGGUUCAGUCAACUUUGCUAGCUCCAAUUGUGGGCGGAUACAAUACUUUCGCCCGUACGCAGUCCAUCAAGCAUGCCCAGGAACAACCAGAAGGCAGCUACGGAGGUUACAUAUUGGAGGGAUUCCACACAAAUGGUUUGUCGGCCACCACUUUGGACCCCUCCAAAUUACUUCCAAUUGUUGAGCAUUGUGUUAACCAAUUGGAGGAGGACAAACCUAGGGUAAUGGCAGGUGCCUACACGCCCUUAACAGUUUUAGAGCUUAUUCGGCAAGGCAUUGAUGUGUUCGAUACCUCCUAUGCCUAUUGUGCUUCCCUAAAUUUCAAAGCCAUGACAUUCAGCUUUGUGCAGGAUGCAGCGGAGCAUGUGGCUUUCUUGGACGUCACAAAUGAAAGUAUUAAGGAAGAUUUUACGCCACUGUUGAGUAACUGCAGUUGCUUGACCUGCCUGAAACACACGCGUGCAUAUCUUCAUCACUUAUACAAGACUAACGAGCUAUUGGGUCCCAUAUUACUGAUGAUUCACAACCUACAUCACCAGAUGGCCUUUUUUGAGGCAAUACGCGAGAGUGUGGCUAACGAUUCGUUACCGCAGCUAACGGAGGUCGUAAGGACUCAGAAUGGGAACUCCCUGGUUGACUAUUCAAUUGCUGCCAAUACUAAAGUUAUUAGCAAGGCCACUAUGGACAAAGGAUUUGCAGCAGAGGCAGUGUAACAUGUCAAACCAAUGAAAAAGUAAAGUUAGUUUAGAAAGAAGCCUCUGGUAGUUUAUUUAACUUGUUUUAUAUCGUCAAAAAUUGUUCCCAAAAUGAA